AUGCAAACUUUUACAUACUUUACAGCAUUUAUUUUUAUAGUUGCUACUUUAUUACUAUCUUUAAAUUUUACUUUAGCACCUCAUUUCCCUUAUUUAAAAAAAAGAGAUCCCUUUGAAUGCGGCUACAUAGGAUUUCAAAUGACUCGUCUACCUUUUAAUAUCUCUUUUUUUUUAUAUGCGUUACUCUUCUUAUUAUUUGACCUCGAAAUACUAUUAGCAUAUCCCUUUGCACUAAGCAUAUUCAUUAAUACAAUAUUUGGUCUUAUUACGGUUUUAGUGUUUUUCUUAUUAUUAACAAUAGGCUUUGUUUUUGAACUAGGUAAAGAAGCAUUAACAAUAAAGUCUAAAUUAGCAAAUAUUUCUAUUAUACCCGGUUCUAUCUUGAGGAUGUCCAAAUUGUCAAUUCCCAAUAACAAUAGGUUGACGUUGUCCUGA